UCUUCAAUCCAGGUCCUCUCGUCGAGAGGCUAAGGUUCAGCGUGCGGGUGGGUAAACUGCUCGGCGUAGUCCCCCAGCCCAUCACCACAAUCGAAAAUACUUAGGUAAAAAUAUUGCAGAAUAUUGUAAUAAUGCAUCCCCGGCUGAUUGACAACGGGGAGGUCCGCUCUUUCACAAACUGAACGCGGGGAAAGGGUUUUUCUCCCAGCACAAGCCAGUCAACAAACCAAGUCCAUCCGACGUUGAGCCUCUGCUUUAACGGCGUUUCUUGCAGUUCUUGAAAUUCUUUCGCAGCGUACAGCAUCGUAAGGUACAUUUUGGACCUACGUUGAUUUGAUAGGAGCAUCAUAACAAAAGCACACACUCAUACAUAAUGGGUGCAUUUUUGGACAAGCCAAAGAUGGAGAAACAGAAUGCCUGUGGUGAGGGGAACGACCUGCGCUAUGGGCUGAGCAGCAUGCAGGGCUGGCGGGUGGAGAUGGAGGACGCGCACACGGCCGUCAUCGGCCUGCCGCACGGCCUCAGUCCCUGGUCCUUCUUUGCCGUGUACGACGGGCACGCCGGCUCCCAGGUGGCCCGCUACUGCUGCGAGCACCUCCUGGAGCACAUCACCAGCAACCCCGACUUCCAGGGCGGCACCAAGACCCAGGAGCAGCCUGACGCCGCUGCAGCUGCCACUGCCGCAAGGGAGGUGGCCAAGGAGCCAGAGGUAGAUGAGCCCAGCGUCGACCAAGUGAAGCAGGGCAUCCGCACAGGCUUCCUGCAGAUUGAUGAGCACAUGCGCCAGAUCUCGGAGAACCGGAAAGGGGGCGGCGCGACCGACCGCAGUGGCUCCACGGCCGUGGGUGUGAUGGUGUCACCGCAGCACAUCUACUUCAUCAACUGCGGCGACUCACGCGGGCUCCUGAGCCGCGCCGGCACCGUACACUUCUUCACACAGGACCACAAGCCCAACAACCCGCUGGAGAAGGAGCGCAUCCAGAACGCCGGCGGCUCCGUCAUGAUCCAGCGCGUCAACGGCUCGCUGGCCGUCUCGCGCGCCCUUGGAGACUUCGACUACAAGUGCGUGCACGGCAAGGGCCCCACCGAGCAGCUGGUGUCACCCGAGCCCGAAGUCUGUGCCAUCGAGCGCUCCGAGCCCGACGACGAGUUCAUCGUGUUGGCGUGCGACGGCAUCUGGGAUGUCAUGGCCAACGACGAGCUAUGUGACUUUGUGCGCUCACGGCUGGAGGUCACUGACGAUCUGGAGAGGGUCUGCAAUGAAAUUGUCGACACCUGUCUUUACAAGGGGAGCAGGGACAAUAUGAGUGUGGUGCUGGUGUGCUUCAGCGGAGCGCCCAAGGUGUCCGCCGAGGCCGUGAGGAGGGAAUCAGAGCUGGAUAAGUACCUGGAGAGCCGAGUGGAGGAGAUCCUGAAGCAGAAUGGUGAGGAGGGCGUCCCGGACAUGGUGCAUGUGAUGCGCACAUUAGCGACAGAGAGCAUCCCCAACCUGCCACCAGGAGGAGAGCUCGCCAGCAAACGAAGCGUUAUUGAAGCAGUAUACAACAAACUCAACCCCUUCAGAAACGAGGACACAGACUCAGCCUCCACAGAAGACAUGUGGUGAUGCACUAACACACCCAGCUUUCCACCUGGUCUCCACACAGCGCCCGCAUCUUUAAAGGGAAAACAGGAGGAGGCGGAAGAGGAGGCGGAAGAGGAGGAGAUGAACACCCUACAACAACCCUUACGGCCCUCCUUGCUAUCUCUCCUGGGAUUUUUGGGGACUCUUGUCCACUGGGUUUCAUUCCUUCAGUCCUUCACAGACUUACAAAAUCGACUUCCUUCAAGGCCCUCUUCUCCUAGACCCCCCACUCCCCCAAAAACACUCUUCAGUAUCUCCCCUGUUCCCUCUCCUACCGACACCGGCGUUAGACCAGUGUACCCUCUGAUAACUCCCAGCACCCUGGGCUCUCUCUGCAACCAACACCCAUCACCCACUCCCUCCCUGCAAACCAGCGCCUCCUUUUGCAGCCUCCAACAGCAUUAUCUCCUGCAUCCAAUGUUUUACCAACCAGCAACUACCAUCCCUCCGUAGUAUCAUUACACUCUACCCUAAACCCAAAUCCUUACUACAGCUAGUCAAACAGUUGGUUAUAACAUUUUUUUUUUAUUUCAAUUCAUUUUGAUCUACAGUUUUCUUUUUUGUGGUGUACAGUUGUCUAGUGCAUAAGUGAAGUCUGUAUCAAAUGCAGCUAAAGUGGUGGGUUGAAAAAAAGCUAAUGUUAAAAAAAAGAUAAAAAGAAGGCUGCCUUGUGUUUCCAGAAACGCACAGCCCCAGAUCCCCACUGGUCACCACCACCACCACAUAUCACACAGUGUGAUUGUGUGUUCCUUGAAGAAACGGGUAAUUGACAUGGGCUUAGAGCAUGUUCAGUUUUUAUUGAUGUUUUUGUUUUGUUUUCUUUGUUUGUUUUCUUUGUUUUUGUAUACUGAAGCACUUGCUUUGUACGGUAAUCUUUCUCCAUGCUCAGUUCUGUUAUCACAUUGUUCACAUGUCAAACCCUCUCAUGUUGACACUAUUUCAUGAUCUCGAGACUUUACAUUUCCACGAAAGACAGAGCCGAACUAUUCCUUAUACCAAGCUAAGCUAAUCUGUUUUGUGCUUUAGUGUGCGUGUGUGUGCGUGCGUGCUUGUGAGGGAGAUCUUUGAAUGAAUCGUAUGGGUAAACAUACUAUGUGCUGUCAUUGCGUGUGCUUUUUGUUUAAGAAUGCUCCUUCAGUACAUUUGCUGGGGUGUUGCAGAAGAUGCUGGUGUAGAAUAGAAAGGAAUGGAACUCUGCCCCCCCCCCCCUCCCUUUCCAUUCACACACACACAAACACACACAAACACAAACGCCACUCAUCCACCCAUUGGCCCACUUUACUGCCCCCUGUCUCUGUAUAUUUGGAGUAGGCUGGUGUGAGGAGAGACGGCAUCUAAUGUUCAGGAACCACACAGACCGUAGGCCUGGCUUAUGUAUGGCUAUACUGGUUGGUCAGACCAACAGUAAGUCGAGGAAAGAAAUCUCCAGAAGCUGGUUUCAAAUGGUUGUUAUAGUGUGAAAGAGUUGAGUUUCUUUUUUACAUGUUGGAAAUGGCUUGAGCUUUUACAUUUCUUUACUGUAUGACUUUGAAUGAACUGUAAGGAAGAACAAAAAUCUCCAUGAAUGCUCUGAGCUUGUCUGUGUAGAGCGUAUCCCUGUCGUAGAAGAGGUGUGCUGGCUGUCCUAUAGGCCACGGGAGAAUAGUUUGCUGCUAUAGUGUUUGAAUGAUUGAUGCAUCUGACUGGUUAGUGGGUUGAUUGAUUUGAUUUGAUUUGAUUUGAUUGGUUGAUUGAUUAAUUGAUUCUUGCAUUGGUAACUUAACCCUCCCCAUGCCCCUUCUUUGUGCAGUUUUUUGUCAGUGAAACUGUGUGUAACUUAUUAAGAACAUAUAAAAGGUAUUGUGGCUAAUUAUAGUAUGAUGAUGAUAAUGAUUAUAAUAUUGCCCCCCUGGACAAAAUAAGGAAGAGCAAGUAAUGUUGGUAGUUAAGGCUUUGGCCACAAAGGAUUUUACUUUUAAGUAUCUAGAUUUUUGGAUAGAUCAUUGUGAAGAAAAUGGUUGUAUGGAUAGAGCAUCUUGGUGAGUGUACCCUUCAGUGUCUGGACACUAAAUUUAGUUUUGUGAUUUGCAGCCCCCUCUGACCCCGAAGACUGACAAUCAGACGACGUUAAGCUAACCCCGGCUUCCCCUCGUUGUGUGUCUGUUAAAUUUGGCUUCAACAGCGCAUGCUUUUUUUUGGCCCAGCUAUAAGCAGUUGAAUAGUCCUCUCCCCCCUUUUUUCUUCAUUUUAACACAGUUCUCUGUUGUUUUUUGCACAGCUGUCGCAAACAAAUUGAACAAAUUUAGCAAAUGUCCUCAAAACAGUGUUUAAAACAAUGUGGCAUUUGGUUCUUGCCCUUUGCACACAAUUUAAUGAUGUACUUUACAUAUAAAAAUUGUCUAUGUGAUGUGGCCCUGAUGUGCAUACCUUGCCAUAAAUAUAAAAAUGACAAAAAAAUUCCAUUGUCACACCAAUUUUAGGUUCAUAAAUAAUAUUAAUAAUAAUAAUUAAACAUACUGUGUGGAACUGAAUCCUUUAGUGUAAGUGUGUUUAUGGCCUACAUCUUCUCCCCAAUGUCAUUGUGUGCAAAGGGAACCAAAAAAAGAAAGAAAAAAAUGAUACGUUGGUAGACCCUCACACCACACACACCUAACAAAAGCAGUGUUUUUACCUCUGUUUUGAGUGGAUGUGAGCAAUCUUCUGUUCACAGUCAAGCUGCUCUAAAGAAAAGCCCUGAUCAUCUGUUGUGCACAUAAGCUAAGCUAUUUUUAUUAAAUGAUUAAUAUGUAUAUUUGUACUCAUUUAUAAAUAUGUACACAAAUGAAGUAAUCAAGGAAAAUCAGUCCUCCUCUUAACCCAUUCAGACCCUCGUAAACUGUUUUUCUGUCUGUCAUUUUAAUAUUUUCAGACUGGAAAUAAACCUAUUUUAUUUGA